AUGACCGGCAAGGCUAAGCCUAAGAAGCACACAGCAAAGGAAUUAGCAGCUAAGUUAGACGCUGCAACCACCAAUCGCGGUGGAGGUAAGGCGGGGCUGGCUGACCGCUCCGGACAGGAUAAGGGCGGCCAUGCCAAGCUGGAGUGCCCGCUCUGCAAGCACCGUCGCCGACACCUCCAAGCCCAAGCCCGGCAUUCGCGGCAGCUUGAAGAAGUGAAUUUUCUUCUCCAGCUACUCUCGACGAAGGGAAGCCAAUUUUGUUAUAACAUUGUGCUUAUGAUAGGGGGAAGUGAUAACUGA